ACUUCCAGCUGUUUUUCUGUAACCCAUCAAUAUCUGUAAAAGCUAGAUCUUGUUCCUGAAUAAUUAGGAGUUGCCUAUUCAUGAGAACUCCCAAGUGAUCUUCCUCCUUCUGAGGAUGGACACUUGAACAUAAUGUCAUUGCAGGAUUUACAGAUGAGAAAUUGCUGGAACACUACUGGGUUGUGGAAUUAAAAAGCUACACGUCAAAACAUUUAAAGGUAAAAGCACAUUCACAAUAUGGGUGUCUUACUCUUCAUGAAAUAUAUGAUGUUUCUCUUCAAUGCACUUAUAUUUUUAGGAGGAAUUUGCCUUCUCGGAGUUGGUAUAUGGAUUGUAGUUGAUCCUGAUGGAUUUCAGAAUAUUUUCACUUCAAGUCCUUUACUAAGUGCUGGUGGCUACAUCCUACUCUUUGUUGGGCUAGCUCUGUCUCUGCUGGGUUUCCUGGGAUGUUUUGGAGCAAUUCGACAGAGUAAACCUCUGCUGUUACUGUUCUUUAUACUUGUUUUGCUUAUGUUCAUCGUGGAACUUGUUGGUGUCAUUAUGGCCUUGACUUUUCAGAAAUUGAUCAAUGAAAAUCAUUUUAGGACUGAGCUACAGACGCACUACAAAGGAGAUAAUUCCUCUGAAGUCUUCAGCCAGUCAUGGAACGCCAUUAUGAUAGCAAUGUCGUGUUGUGGUAUAUCUGGGCUUGGUGACUUUGCUAAUAACUCAUAUUACCACGAUCUGUAUCCUUCUGCUGCAUGGCCAGAGGCUUGCUGCACACGAGAGGACCCAGUCAUAUCUGGAGUUGUUAAGGACAGACAGAAAUGUAUGGGAAAUACUCCAGGUUACACUAACAAUCAGGGCUGUUUUAUUACCAUUGCCAAAAGUUUGCAGAAAUACGUUUCCAUAACUGGAGCUGUGGGCUUUGGAGUUCUUGGUACCGAGAUGUUUGCUAUGUUCUUUGCCCUUUGUCUUUACUACAACUUUGACUAGAAGCUAGAAAAUAUGGCUGGAUGCAGGAAGAAGAAAAGCAUUUCAUCUCAAUAUCUACAGAGGAGUCAUACAUUUUCAGACAUUAUGGACAUUUCUCUCAAUAACAUUUUUAUUUUGGAGUCUUCCAGUAUCAGCAAUAUACUUCAGUUAUUAAGCUUGUCACUAAAUCCUCAAAAUGUGCAGUAAAGGGUGCAAUUUAAAUUUUUUAUUUUUUUUGCAUAUGCCUUUUAUUGUAUCACAAACUCAUACUGAGGGCUUAUUUACACAGCUGUUUAUUGCUGCACACUGCCCAGAUCAGCGCAUUUCUGUAGCAGGUACGACCAGGUGUUUCAGAUUAUCUGCAGUCGCUAAGCCUAUACAAAUUAAGGACAGGCUGGGAUGCUCUACAGCGAGUCACUUGAAAUCGCUUGGACGGAGCUAGACUGAGGCUGCUUUAAGCUGCCUGACCAUCUGGUUUUCUUGGUAGUGCAGAAACCCAGAUUUCUUCGUUCCAAUUUCAUACGAAGAGCUGGGACGAGCCCUUACACCUGAUUCAGCACUCAUUGUGGGAGUACACUGGAUUUAAAGCGGAAGUAAAGCCUUUUUUCUUUCUAAAAAAACCCUGCAAGAGAAAGGCAUAAUGAGCAUUAUGAAUGACUUACCUGAGAUCGAGGCCUCCGAAGCGCUUCUCGUUGCCCUCCUCCUCCGCCAUGUCCCUUCUGCGCUUCUUCCGGGUAUCGCCGCUCUGGCGCUGUGACUGGCUGAAGCAGCGAUGACGUCACUCCCACGCAUGCUCGCAGGACAGGCAGAUCCCCACGCAUGCAUGGGAAUACGGCACUAACCCCCAUUAUCCCAUUCACAAAAACGGCAUGCUCAGUGUGCCUGCGCCGUUGUCUGCGGGACGCAUGCACCGUAGACAGCGGUGCA